AAUGACGUAAACAAACAAAAUGUCUCUCUCAUUCAACUUUGCGUUAAGUUAUAAGUAAAUAUUUCGUCAAUUAAAGUGGAAUUUAGUAUAUAUUUAAAAACCAAGGACACAAUUUAGGAGUAAAAGAAAAAAAUUCGAGUGAAUACGUUGUAAAGUUAAUGAAUUAUUCAUUAGAUAUAUACAUAUCAAAUGUAUUGGAAUUUGAAAUAUGGAUAACCUCUUGAACAAAUUGUCAGGUUUUAGUGUGGGCCAUGAAAAAGCUUUAAAACAAGGAAUUUACAAUGCCUUAGCACUUUUAUUAUUUUUAUUUAUAUGUGUCGCUGGUUAUGGACUUUAUAUUAUUUUAAGUCCCUUUGUCAAACCAUUAAUAUGGGCUUUAUUGUGUGGUUCGGUUUUGUUUCCAUUCAAAAAUUCUUUGGCGACUACGGUUAAAACGUGGUUCAACAAAACAGAAGAAUCGAGUAAACCUCUUGUUUUACAUUUAACAAUGAUACCUAUUUAUAUUGUUGAUGAGACUUCGGAAAUUAUUGGCUCUUUUAUACAGAAUCAUUUCAAGUACAUUAUUGCCAUUGGUUCGUUAGCUACACUUGUGACAUUAAUUUAUAAUUAUAUGCCAAGUAUAUUAAUUUAUCUAGUCUGGAGAAUAAUUACAGUUGGAAAUUAUAUUCUUGGAUUUUUUAUUUCCUCCUGUAAUACUUGGAUGAUUUUCUUUGUCUUGAUUGGAUAUUUAUCAGUUCUCUAUCUUCACUGGCGACCGGAGAAUUCCCUCUAUUUUCACUUCUCAUCCUACGCAAUAUGGUUGCUGAUAAGUUUUUAUUUUUCAAACCUCCUGGGGACUUAUCCCGUCAUUAUUUUUUGCUCUCUACAAUUAUUGUUCGUCACGGGUUUCAUAUACGAAGUCCUAACUGUCAUUGAGAAAGAGGAAUUGAAAGGAAAUUGUCUAUCUUUUAUGGAGACGGCAUUAAAUUUAUUGCGAAACGAUUCGCGAACAUUUAUUGCUGAAUCAAUUCCCCUGAUGUCGACUGACGAAGAUGAUAUUUUCGAUGAUAUUUCCGAGACGAUGACAACAAAACCAAUGGAUUCAAUUGGCGAGAAGGCGUCGAGUACACCAGUGGAGAAAUUUACACCGAAAUUAAAGGACACAACGAAAGCACUUACAAUUGAUUCGGGACGAUCGCUUUUAAUGCGAGCACGAAAAUCACGAUCAACGGGCAAUGUGACGCCGACUAUUAAAUUUUCCCUGCCCGAGAGACAUUUUCUGUCGAAAUUAAAAGCGGAUUUACGAAUGUCAUUGGAUAUUGAGGACGAUCGAGUGGAUACGGAUAAAUAUAUGAAGGGGACAAUUUACGCUUGUGCUGGAAUGCUACUCUGGAAGCAUAAAUGGAUUAUUUCUUUAUUAAUCAUUCCGGUCGGUUAUUAUAUUAUUAAACUUCUUGGCAAUUUCUUUGGUAUUUGGACAAAAAUUCAAAAGCGAAUUCAAGGAAUAAUUGAUCAUUUUUCCGAUUGGUGUGGUGAAAGACUAGAUGCUUUGUUACCGAUUUAUAUUCGUGGAUUGUAUAAAGUUUGCAUUAUUGUUGAUCAGAAAUUGACGAUUAUUUUAAGAGGAUCUGUUGAUUCGGUCGCUACAAUUGCUGUCAUAUUGGGUUUGCUUAUCUUCACCACUUGCGUCACGAUUUUCGUGACGAUGCAGAUCUACGCCGAAGGAAUUCACUUAAUUCAAGUGACAGGGGAAAUUGUCAAUUCUUCUCUCGUGAAUAAUCCGGAUAUCGACUGGGUACCGGAACAAUGGGAAGAAUCAGUGAAUAGUGUUCUUAAUAAUGCUUACACUUACGGUCGAAGUGCAAUUUCCGAUGGAGUAAAGAGUCUUGUGAAAAAUUUAGAACCAGCCAAAGCGGAAUUGAUGGAGAAAAAAGUAUUGGAACUCUGGGACAGAUUUUAUCAAGCCUGGAUGAUGUCGAGUGAAAAUCCAAAUUUUAUUGGUCCAACUGUCGAUAUGGAUGCCGCUUAUUCGGUUUGGGAAAGUUUCAAGGAUAGUUUCGGAAAAACUCCUUUCCAAUUAUUUAACAUGACGAGUGUUCAAAAUUUCGCAAAGGAAAAUAUCGGUAUUCUUAUGUCAGUUCUUGACUCAAUUUGGAGCAUCGUCAAAGGAAAUAUGUCCGUUAUUAUAGGAAUAGUGACCGAAUUGCUUUAUAUCGUUCUAAUUAGUGGAUCUGCGGUGCUUAAUUUCACUCUCAGUAUGGUUGUGUUUUUUACGGCACUUUUUUAUCUCCUGAGCUCCAGUGGAGUGACUUAUAAACCAAUUGAGGCGAUAACGACCUUUAGUCCCAUAAGUUGUAACAGAUUCGCUGUCGCCCUGCAGGAAUCAGUAAUUGGCGUAUUUGCGGCAACUUUCAAACUCGCCUCAUUUUUUGGUUUGUGGACGUGGUUCGUUCAUAAUUUAUUUCAAGUGAAAAUCGUCUACUUACCUUCAGUUUUUGCCAUGAUUCUUGGCGCUGUUCCAUUUCUCGACGCAUAUUUCGCUUGUAUACCAGUGACAAUUGAAUUGUGGUUCACUCGCGGACCAAUGAUCGCAACACUCUUUUUCUUCUUUCAUUUCUUGCCCUGCAACAUUAUUGUCACUGAAUUUUACAAGGAAAUCAAAGGAGGCGGCCAUCCUUACCUCACAGGUCUCUCGAUAGCAGGAGGAAUUUUCUGUCUGGGAGUGGAAGGAGCAAUUUUCGGUCCAUUAUUACUAUGCUGUAUAAUGGUUGCGAUUAAUUUAAGUCGUCGUUACAUGUAUUCACCGUCUGAGGAGACGAUAAAUACGAUAAAAUCACAAAUCCAUCAUUUGAAAUCUAAUAAUUAAUAAUACUACGAGAACAGAGAUUAUAUAUAUAUAUAUUUUUUAUAUUAUCGCUUUUGCUUGCGGCCAAAAUGAAAUUAAUACUAUAUAAUAUUGCAAUUCUCUCUAUAUAGUGAACAUAUUUCAUUAAAUUUAUCAAAAUACGAAUCUCUAUUUUUGUAUAUAGAAAAUAUCUGUAAAUAUUUUCUCAUAAUUUUAUUUUCACUGCCUCUUUGUUAUUCAAAAUAAUAAGGGCAAUUGUACACAUUUUUUUCAUAUUAUAUUUAUAACAGAGAAUAUUUUAUUAAUAGUUGUGAAUAGGUAGGCAAUUCUUUGAAGAGAUUUAAUGCUUUCUUAAAAAGAAAACCGACUGAGUGAUAUAUUUUGUUAUUAGUUAUUUAUAUAAUAUUAUCUGAAAGAUUGCAAGCGCAAGCUUAAUUGUAAAUUGAUAUUCAUUUAUUUGAAAACUAACUUCAAGAUGGGAUUUGUAUAAAGUUUUUUAAUCUUUGUGGUUAUGAAAAAAUUUUAAAUAAAUAUGAUGAAAUAA